AUGCCACCCCGGUUACGGAUUCCAUCUUCACAACUCUCUCGGACGCUCCGCCGGCAGAGAGUAGGAGGACCACAAUAUGAGAUCUCCAUCAGAUGUGCGAGUACUGCUGCUGCUGCUGCAGCGACGCCAGGUCCAUCGAUGGACCAGAUGAACACCUCAACCGCUCCCGCCUCUCAAUUUCAUCCCACCCAGCCCCCGUCCCAUCGCCGCCCUGAAGAGCGCCGCUCACAGCUCCUUCGGCAAUACACAUCUCUCAUCCGUACCUCACCCCUCAUGGUGUUGUUUCAGCACAACAAUCUCCAAUCGAUCGAAUGGGUCGCAAUCCGUCGCGAACUCAGUCUUGCGUUGCAGAAGGUCGACGAGCAGCUUGCGUCCGAAGGGCGUCGGCUGCCACCACUGGCGCCCCAUAUCAAGCUGCAGAUCAUCCAGACGAGGAUAUUCGAAGUGGCUCUGCGUAUUGUCGAGUACUUCCGUCCGGAUAAGGAGGAAUUGGAGGCAAAGAGAAGGACAGCAGAACAGACCUCUGAAAUCCCGUCUCGGUUUGACCCCAGAGACGAUCCGACUCUGACACACGACCUUUCCCGCGCGGUCCACGAUGCGGUGAUGUACAAGAAGGGGAAGCACGAGCUCUCGACCCUUCUUGUGGGACCGAUAGCGGUCCUUUCCUUCCCCAACGUGUCGCCGGAGCAUCUCAAGGCGGCCCUCUCGGUCCUUGCUCCCAAGGCCACCGGUUUCCCGGUCCCGUCCCGCAAGACGAACCCGGGCUGGCACGAGCAGACUGUGCAGGAUGGUCUGCAGAAGCUGAUGCUGCUCGCCGCGCGGGUCGACGGCAAGGUCUUUGAUCUCGACGAGACGAAGUGGGUCGGAAGUAUCGAAGGUGGCAUCGACGGUCUGCGGGCGCAGCUCGUCGCCGCGCUCCAGAGCAUCAGUGCUAGCGUUACAAGUACCCUGGAGGGUGCUAGCAAGAGUCUUUAUCUCACACUGGAGAGCCGGAGGAGCGUGCUGGAGGAGGAGCAGAAAGGUGGGAAGGAAGAGGAUAGUGUGUGUUCUCCUAGUCAAAAUUUUGCACCUUCUUGA